CUUCCGGUCAAUGAGAGAGGAAAGAAAAAAUAGGGACAAGAAUAAUAAUCCUCAUAUCCAGGGAAAUAAGGUCUUCCUAGUUCUAUUUUGCACAAGAUUGAAACCAGUCAUUGAAUGAUAAGGACAAAAAAUGAUAUGAAACUCAGCCAGGAAGACAGAGUGUACAUAACUAUGUCAUUGGUAGCAGAAUCAAUAGAGAGCAACAGAAAAUUAACAUUGCAUUAAAGGUUCAAUAAAUAUGGAGAGUAAAUUGUAUGAUGGGAAAGGUUCUAGUGUUCCAUAUAUGACAGAACCAGAAAAAAAGCAUUCGGUAGAUUCUAUGCUAAUUAUAAAACAGGAAGUUGUUGACAAUGCUAUUGAAUCUGCUAUAAAUGAAAAUUAUGAAAAUCGACAGACAUUAAUAAGUAAUUCCACGACAGUAAGCAACAUUGGAGAAAGAAAUCCAAAUGAUGCAAAAAACAUAUUAUUAGAUGAAAUAAAACAGGAACCCUGUUCACCUGAAAGUGAAAGCACAAACACUUUACUCAAUGGUUAUAUUCAAGAAUGGACAUACUUGGACAAGACAGCUAGCAAUGCUGAAGAUAAUAAAUCAAACAUAUUGAAAAACAGAACAGAUGGGGUUACCAGCCAGAUUCCCUGUCAAGAUGGUAUUGACCAAGAAGAGCCAGCCAUGUACAUGUAUAUGUUUAAUGCAGAAAAUGAAUUGUCUGAAUUAAAUGAUGCAAAUGAAAAUGUAAACACUGGGGAAGUACAAAAUAGGAGAAAAAGAAAAGGAACAAAACCUAAAAAGAUCAGGCAAAAUGUUGAAAAGAUUGAAGAUUUAAAGUACACAUGUACUACUUGUGAUCAAAGGUUUAGUAAAAAAAAAGAAUUACAAAUGCAUACAAAAUCACACAGCAAAGAUGUUAUUCACAUAUGUGGUGUUUGUGGAGAAAAGUUUGGAACUAAAAAAACCUUAAAGUCACAUUCCAGAACUCAUGAAAAAGAACAGUUUCAUAUUUGUUCCACAUGCGGAGAACAAUUUAGUAAAAAAAUAGAACUUAAAAGGCAUUUGAAAAUUCACACUGGUCCUAAACGAUACGCUUGUGAUCAGUGUGAUAAAGUUUGCAAUCGAAAAGCAGAGCUAGUUGGACACAUGAGAACACAUACAGGUGAAAAACCGUUUCUUUGUUCAACAUGUGGUAAAGGGUUUGGAUUCCCUCACCAUCUGAAGGGACAUCUACUAAUACAUACUGGGGAAAAACCUUAUUCCUGUCAUAUUUGUGGUAGAGGUUUCAACGAUCGCAGCAGUAUGCGAAGGCACGUAAAAACACAUGACCCUUUUGAAACAGAUGUGAAUGAUGCUUCAUUGAUACUUGAUGAAUCUUUGAAAAAUGAGUCUGGUAUAUAUGAAGUUAAACGUGUUAGGAGACGCCAGGUUUAUUCCAGAUCACAUGUCUGUGAGUUUUGUGGUAAGGCUUUCAUCAAAGGUCAACAUUUACGAGUACAUAUACGUACACAUACUGGUGAGAAACCCCACCAAUGUGAUGUGUGUGGAAAACAAUUUAACGAUCCCAGUAGUCUACGUCGUCACAUUAGAACUUACGCUAACAGACCCCAUGUGAACAGUGAUGAAAAAGUAAAAGAGUAUAAAUGUCCUAUUUGUGAAAAGGAAUUUGGUUACCGCAGAAAUUACAGGAAUCAUGUUAAAACGCAUUCAACUGGGAAACAAUUUGAGUGUACUACUUGUGGGAAAUCUUUUCACUUGAAACAUCACCUUAGACAUCACAUGACCAAGCACAUGGUUGAAAAACCCUAUAAAUGUACUAUUUGUGAUAAACGCUUCAGCAAUUACAGCAUGUGGUAUUGUCAUUUCAAAACACAUAAUACCAAAGGAGAUUACAAAUUUCAGUGUAGUAUUUGUACAAAGUUCUUUUUGACUGGUGCUCAUCUAAAAUUUCACUUAAAAACGCACAAACACGGUAAUUCAAAGGCAUCAGAAAACAAUCAAUUAAAAUCCCAGUCCACAGUUGCAGAACAAAGUGGGGACUAUAUAUGUACAAUUUGUAGUGAUUCAUUCCAUGAUAAAAUAAGCUUAAAACAGCAUGAAAUUUUGGUUCAUGAAGAAAAAUUAAAUGGGGACCUUAGUCUGGUUGGUAGUGAUAAUUUCAGCAUUGUUGGUGAAAUGGAGGAUGAUAUGUCAGGCCAGAGUACAGACUUGGAAUUGAUCAAAAACAAUAUUCAGAAUGACCAAUCAGUGUUGGAUAAAAAUUUACCAGUCAUGCAAAGCACUGCAGAUCCUAAUUUGAUAAAUGAUAAAAACAUGGAUGCUCUUUUGACACAAAAUGCAUCAGAAAAAUCUCUGAUUAAUUGUUUUGAAUCGUCAGAGGAGCAGAGUAUUGAAAAAGAAAGUUCCAAACUCAGCGAACAUGAUGACACUUACUUAGAUUUAAGUUCAUGUUCUGAUAGUCUGAAGAAUGCUCCAGACAUAGGGGCAAAAUCUGAUAAUAAACAGAAACGAUUUGAUUGUUCUGAAUGCUCAAAAAGUUUCAGUAGGAGAGAUUCUUUAACAACACAUUUUAGAAUUCAUACAAGGCAAAACAUACAUGAAUGUAAUCUUUGUGGAAAAAUAUUUCCCAAGAGAAGUAAUUUUAUACGACACAUGGAAUCGUGCGGGAAAAGAGAAAGGAGGAUAGCAAAAAAUGUACUGCCGAAUGAAACUUAUUCUGAAGAUUUGACAGAUAGAGAACAGUUUGAUGCCUCACAAAAUGCUCAUUGUGACAAAACGUCUGAGGUUGGUAGACUGUCAAAAUCAUUAAACAAACCGUUUUCUUGUGACGUAUGUGACAAAAGCUUCACCAUGAAAAGUUCAUUAGUGACACAUUACAAACUUCACACUGGCAAAAAUCUAAUGGAGUGUGAUGUUUGUGGUAAAAAGUUUACCAAGAGUUAUACUUAUUUACGACAUAUUAGGACACAUACUGGAGACAAACCUCAUAAGUGUGAUUAUUGCGAAAGGGGCUUUGGGGAUAAAAGCAGCUUAAAUAGACACUUGACAACAAGACACAAAAUGGAGGCACCAUACAUCUGCCACAUGUGCAAUUCAAAGUUUUUUACUAAGUUUAGCCUUGAAAAACACAUCUGGACACAUGAUCAAGAAUCAUUUGAUGAGAUGAAGUAUAAAGAUAGAUCAGAAGAUUUACCGCUUAGAAAGAAAUUACCAAAAAUUCAGUUGAAACUGUCAGACGUAAAAGAGUCAACUAAUGACUCAUCAGUGUGCGAAAUGACACUAACAGACACGGAUGAUAAUUCCACUGAAGAACCGUUUGAUAAUACUUAUAUGGUUCAAGUUAAAAUUGAACCUGAAGAAGUAGAAUAACCUUUUAUAAAGCAUGUUCAUGUACAGUUAUAAUAUAAAACAACAAUAGAUUCAUUUAUAGAUAUAUAUAUGUAUUUUACCAUGUAAAAUUUUAUUGCACUUUUUUGCAUUUGUUAUGAAUUGUUUUUAUUGUACUAAAAAUUUAAAGUCAUAUGAUCCUUCAAAUGAAACAAAAAAGAUUAAUAUGUUUUAUGUACUUGAAUGAGUAAGUUUUACUAUAAAACAUGUGUACAUAGACAUGAUAGACUUUCAUGAAAAUCCUUUAUCUAAAUCUUCACAAAAGUUCUGCUACUGAAUUAUUGUCUUCCAGUAUUGUAAUUAUUUGACAGCUUUCCUGUACAUGUAUGCAGUGACCUUAACCAUGGCACGUCUUGUUAGAAAAUCAUUAAAGUCAUAUGAACUGAGUUUCUUGUGUAGCUGUAAAAAAUGUACACAGACUUAUUAAAGUAUAUAUAUGCUUGCAUUGGCUCAAUAAUUUCCUCACCAGAAACUCAUUUCAUAUGACUUUAAUGCAUCUAGUAUAAGAAGGAAUAUAAUUAUGAUUUGCAUUUUAUUUACAUGUGUAUGUUGUAAAAUAAUGCUGAAUUUUUAUAGUACUAAGAUUUUUAUUGUAUCUCAAUUUUAGUAUCUUUUCCAUUGUUCACAGUCAUGGAAAAGCUCAAAGAACAUUCCUGAAAGAAAGAAACAUUAAUUUAUUUAGAUACUUUAGUAUACAAUACAUGGUACACUAUAUGAAAUUCCCUGCUUGAAGUUAAAGUCAUUUUUGACCUAUCAUUUACUAUUUCUGAUGAAAAGGGGCCUAACAGGAUGACCCUUAGAAUAGUUACGUUUUAUCUCACCUGGAGUCGGUUUCACAAAAAAACUUCUGACUAAGAUUGAUCUUAAGUCAUGAACAAUUCAGUAUUCUUACCAUCAAUCUUAGUUGUAAGUUUUUUUGUGAAACUGACUCCUGGCCUCUAAAGUACCUGAAAAGUUAAGGAUUGCUUUUAAAUGAUAGUGAAUUUUUUUUUUAAAUUCAUGAUUUGUAAAAUGUGAAAAUAAUUGAUGGCCUCAGUACAUUUUACUAUAGUUUUCAUCUUGCAAAAAUCAUUAUUAGAUCAUUAUUUAUACGGACUACAUCCUCUUUUACAGGUAACACCUGUUUCGUGUUAUAAUCAUAUUAAACGAUGACAUCUUUUUCCAUGCCUUUUUUAACAAAGGAUGUAUGUCAUGUAUAUUGAUUAAGGAACGAUCGUUUAACUUCAAAGGGGGGAGUUAUGGUUUUUUCCUUAAAAAAUAUUCUGAUCCCCAAUUUGAUGAAAAAAAACAUUCUUAAUCUAGAACCCAUACCUUAUAGUGUUCAAUUUUGAAAAAAAUAAUUUGGUUGUUAGAGUCGAAAAAAAAAAAAAAUUUAUGACUCAGACAAAAAACCGUACGCCUCCCCCCCCCCCCCCCCCCCCCUUGAAGUUAAAUGGUUGCUCUCUUAGUAUGAACAUAAUGGCUUGCUUUUUGAUUCAUUCAGAUUUUACUAAAGCAAAGGUUUGUAGAUAUCCCCUUUUUACACAAAUUGAAAAAAAAUGCUCAUCAAGGGAUGAAAUGAUGGGAGUAUUUUUAUGUUUCUCUACAUAAGAACUGUACAUUAUAUUAAUGAUUAUACAAUGUACCACAUCUACUUAUUUUCAUAUUGAUCAUAUUUAUGUUUUACAUGUAAUUUAAAAAGUCUAAUUACAUUUGUACAUGUAUACAUGUCUGCCAGUCUUUUACUGUUAUAUCUCAAUUUUUAUAAAAGAAAGUUAACAUUUUUUAUGAAACAAUUUGCAAUGGAUUGUCCGCCUCUAUUGUGUGAUUUUUUGGGGACAGAUUGCAUGAAAUACAACUAACUAAUGUCACUAGCAUGAUAGCUAUAUCUUCCAGGCCUCAACUCUACCUUUUAGAGGUCAAACAACAUAGUGCAGUGGGAUGAAAACUGUGUAGAUCAUAUCCAUAUCUUGCCUUACAGUGCUCACAACCACUUUGAUUUUUGAUGCCAAUAAUUUCAUUUAAGUUUCAUUGUCAUUUGACUGAUAAAACUCUUUCAUACACAUAGAAAAAACCAGACCAGAAAUUAAGUUACACUAUAGUUCUAUGGUAUUUAUCACCAUUUGUAAUUUAUUUUUUCACUUGACAAUCUAAUAAGGUAGCAAAAAAGUAUAAUAUAUUGUAAUUCGUAAAUUAUUAUUUAUUAUUGCUAUUUUUGAAGAAUUGAUAAAAAUGCAAAAUAAAUUAUUGCGAUUUCAGGAAAAUCUGCAUUAAGAUAUAUGUAUCAGAUAUCAAAAUGUGAUUUCUUAUUUUUGCGAUCCUAACACAGUCUCAUUAUUCGCAAUAAUAAAAACCUUGCAAUAACUUCUGAAUUUACAGUAGAUAUAUGAAAUAAACAUGUCAGAUUUGACUUCAUAUAUCCACUAUAAAACCAUAGGUAUUUUUUAUAAACCUCUUCCUUGAAAAACUGCUGACCAAGUAAGAUGACUGCCACAACUAUAAAAGGGAAAUACUGUUUAUUUUUGUUCAAACUCAAUAAAGAUAGGCUGUUAAACAAUAAACAAUAAAAUAGACUAUUGAACAAUAAAAUCAGAUGCUCAUUCUGUUGUAGAGUAUAUAUAACUUUGAGGUUCUUGAUAAUUUAUUUUGUUAAAUAUGAUGUUUAUCAGAUUUCUUAGGGAUUUGUUGCUAACUAUAAAAAUAUAAUUUCAUUCCAAUGAUAAUCAUGCAUAUUAUAGUCUUAUGGAAUUGUUAGCUUUGUUAUAUGUUGAAAUGAUGUCUUUAGAUAUGAAAUACAAAUAAAUUCAUGUAUCAAUCUUUUACAA